AUGGAACUAGACUACGGUUUUGACUUCGAGGAUUGCUUCCCUUCCAUGAUUGCUCGGUUGGGUGCGGAAGGGUUCAUUGGGGAGCUUUGCAACGGCUUUCGAAUGCUCAUGGAUGUGAACAUGGGGCUUAUCACGUUCGAGAGCUUGAAGGUGAGCACUUACUUGCUUGGUUUGGAGGUGAGGGAUGAUGAGUUGCUUUGCAUGUUGAUGGAGGGUGAUUUGGAUGGUGAUGGGGCUCUCAACGAGAUGGAGUUUUGCAUUCUCAUGUUUAGGUUGAGUCCAUGCUUGAUGGACAUGCAAGGUAUGGAUCCGGUGCAUAAUGUAAUGUGA